CUAUAGUUGAUCUGGGAAUUCAAAGCGCCCAGUUCAAAUUGUAUCAAUCUUCAAACAUCAAAACAGGUACGCUUUCAACAAGAAAUUACCCAUCUCCUAAUCAUCACCUGUCAUCUGCAUCGACUCAGAUUCAGGGGCUCAAACAAAGAAUACAACCUACAUAGAGGCAUCCCUCCGGAAUACAACCAGCAGCCAAGGAUAACCAUCCCAGCAAAACUACCCAACUAUGUCAACAACUGAAAGAAUCAGGGAGAAAUGAAAUACGGGACUGCCCAGUUGGCCAGGAUUCUUGGAGAAAAUUAGGAGUUCGAAUCUCCUUGGCUGCGUCAAUAGGAAUAAGGCUUCUGUGUAGUAGCUUCGAUGAUUUAUCACGUGUUCUUGAGCUUUAGAGGUGAAGACACCCGCAAGACCUUCACCGACCACCUCUAUACCGCUUUGUCCGAUGCAGGUUUUCGCACGUUUCGAGAUGAUGAUGGGAUUGAGAGAGGUAAAAAUGUUAAGUCAGAACUGGACAAGGCUAUAAAAGAAGCAAGGUGUUCAAUAGUUGUGCUUUCCAAAGACUAUUCUUCUUCUGGAUGGUGCCUUGAUGAACUCGUGAUGAUCCUCAAACGCAAGAGGACAUCAUCGGGGGCUGGGCAUGUAGUUUUACCUGUCUUCUAUGAUGUGGAUCCCUCCGAAGUUAGGAAGCAAACAGGGAGCUUCGGAAAGGCUUUUGGUAGACACGAAGAGCGAUUAAAUGCGGAAACCAACGAAAGUAAAAAGGAGUACUUGAGGCAAAAGGUGCAAUUAUGGAGGGGAGCACUUAGAGAAGUUGCUGAUCUAGCAGGGAUGGUCUUAAAAAAUCAAGCUGACGGGGUGCAAGUAUGGAGGAGAGCACUGAGAGAAGUUGCCGAUCUAGUAGGAAUGGUCUUAAAAAAUCAAGCUGACGGGCAUGAGUCGAAAUUUAUCCAGAAAAUUGUAAGAGUGAUUAGAGAUCAGUUGAACCAACCAGUUUUACACGUUGCCCACCACCUAAUUGGAAUUGAAUCUCAAGUCAGAGACAUCAAUUCAUGGUUACUGGACGAGUCCAACGUCAGGAUAGCAGUGAUUUAUGGGAUGGGUGGAAUAGGCAAGACAACUAUUGCUACAUUUGCUUAUAAUUUGAACGUUGAAAGAUUUCAAGCCAGUAGUUUUCUUGCAAAUAUUAGAGAAAUUUCAGAAGGACGCGAGGGUUUAGUUCAUUUACAAACGCAACUUCUUUCCGACAUUUUAAAAAGAAAAAAUGAAAAAAUAAGGAGUGUUGCUGAAGGAAUCAUUAAGCUCAAAGAUGCCAUUAGUUGCAAAAGAGUUCUUGUAGUUCUUGAUGAUGUGGAUGACAGAGCCCAGUUUGAUGCCUUAAUUGGAAUGCGUGAUUGGUUUCAUCCAGGAAGUAAAAUUAUCUUAACCACCAGGAACAUUCGUCUGUUGAAGGCUAAUGAAGUUGAUGAGUCAUUUGAGGUGGUGGGAUUAGAUUUUGAUGAAUCAUUGGAGCUUUUCAGUUGGCAUGCCUUUGGACAAGACCAUCCCAUUGAGGGUUACACUGAGCUUUCACAAAGGGUGGUACUACACUGUGGAGGGGUUCCUUUGGCCCUUCAAGUUUUGGGUUCGUCUCUAUCUGACCAUAGCUUAGACGUAUGGAAAAACACAUUGCAGAAACUGGCAGCUAUUCCCAAUGCAAAAAUCCUUGAAAAGUUGCAAAUAAGCUAUGACUAUCUAGAUUACAAUGACAAGCAAUUGUUCCUCCACAUUGCUUGUUUCUUUAUUGGAAAGGGCAAAGAUUUCGUAGUAAGAAUUCUAGAUGAUCUCUACCCAACAGUUGGGAUUCAAACUCUCAUUGACAGAUGUCUGUUAACUAUUAAUGGACACAACAAGUUGAUGAUGCACCAACUUCUCCAGCAAAUGGGAAGAGAAAUUGUUUGCCAAGAAUCACCCAAGGAGCCUGGUAAACGUAGCAGAUUGUGGCACUACAAGGAUUCCUUUAAAGUAUUGAGUGAAGAAAUUGGAACAGACACAAUUGAGGGCCUCUACCUUGACAUGCAUCAUGUGUUGGAGGAAGAUAGUCAUUAUGUGCUGCAGACAGAUACUCGGUUAAGGGAAAAUUUUGGUUUUAGUAAUGUAAAAUGUCCCUGCUUCGAAGAACUUAAUCAUGAAUCAUUGUCUUCUGAACAAGGCUAUUCACUGAUACAGCGUUUUCUUAGUUUGUUCAUUUGGUGCUCAAGAAGUUCAGAUCAGGUGGGUUUGAGAACUGAUGCAUUUACAAGGAUGCACAAUCUUAAAUAUCUCCAGCUCAAUAAUGUAGAAAUCAAGGGAAGAUACACAAAUUUCCCUGAAGGAUUAAGAUGCUUGACUUGGCAUGGCUUCCCUUUAACAUCCAUACCAACUGAAUUUUCUCUAAAGAGACUGGUUUCUCUUGACUUGCGCUAUAGCAAAUUGGAGCAAGUUUGGAAGGGAGAAAUGUUUCUGACAUCAUUGAAAAUCCUCAAUCUCAGUCAUUCCAAUGGCCUCAAGAAUACCCCCAAAUUCACUGGACUCCCUAAUCUUGAGAAAUUGGUCCUUAAGUAUUGCAUAAGUUUGGUAGAGGUUCAUGAAUCGAUUGGGGAAUUAGAGAGUCUUGUUUUGUUGAAUCUCACAGGCUGCGAAAAUCUUAAGAAGCUUCCCAGUGAAAUUGGUCAUUUAACAUCCCUAGAAAAACUCAUUCUCUCUGGUUGUUCAAAGCUUGAUCAGUUGCCUGCAGAGCUCGGACAGAUGAAAUCUAUAACAGUGCUCCAUGCAGAUGGAAUUUCACAAGACAUUGGUGAGGAAGGAUCACGGACUUCCCUCGUCUGGUCUUUGGUAUUGAAACCGGGAAAAAGUCCAAAAACAUUGCCUUCUUUACCUGGCUCACUAGUUGAAUUAAGUCUUUCAAACUGCAAUCUGUCAAGUGAUGAUCUUGCGAAAUGCCUUGGGAGCUUAUCUGUGUUGAAGGACUUGGAUCUGAGCGGGAAUCCAAUUUCCAGCCUUCCAGUGAGCAUCAAAGGUCUUGCUGGGCUCCAAUCACUUAACCUAAGUUAUUGCUCGAGACUUCGAUCGCUACCGGAACUUCCAAUGUCUUUACAAGAGUUGUAUGCUUCUGACUGUAGAUCACUGAAAACGAUAACAAAUCUUCCUAACCUGUUGAGAUCUCUAAGUUUGGACAUUGAGGGUUCUAAAGUAGUUGAGGUUCAGGGGAUGUUCAAGUUAGAGCCCAUUGGAAAUGUCGAUGCAGAAAUCAUUAACGAGAUGGGCUUAUCAUCUGAGUUGGAGGCCAUGGGAAGCCUUGAGGUGGAAUUCUAUAGCCCGUUGCAUGCCGGGGAAAGUGUAAUGAAGGGUCCACUUCAGGUACUACAUGAAUGUGGUAUAUACAACAUAUUUCUUCCAAGGAGCGAGGUGCCUGCUGGCUGGUGCAGUAGCUGCUAUAAGAGAACGGGGUCCUCGAUAACAUUCAACGUGUCUUCACUUCCUAAUCUCAAGAUCCAAGCCUUGAAGAUAUAUGUUGUCUUUGCAUGUCUCCAUUGCAGGAACUAUGGCUAUAGUUUCGACAAUAUCACACUCAACAAUGUGACCAAGGGUCUGAAGUGGGCCUACAGCCCAUUGUUCAGUCUCAUUCAACGCGAUAACGGUAUGAUUGUAUGGUUAAGCCAUUGGAAGAUUGGGAAUCAAAUAAUAUUGGAAGCUGGUGAUGAAGUGAAUGUGUCGGCGGGCUCAGCAAAGGACUGGUGGUUGGUAGAGGAAAUUGGAGUUGAUAUUGUGUAUGAUGAGCCUGAAGAGAAAGGUAGCCAACACCAUAAAGCCUAUACUCGUCAUCAAAAUGUCACCAAUGUUGGAGAUCUACCAGAAUAUCAAUUGACACCAGGCUAUUACCAUCUAUGCCAUUUUGGUAACCAUCGAAAAUACCACCAGUAUGGUAGUGUAAAUUUUGGACCUGCGGAAAAGAUUAUAUUUUUUGAGGAAUCUGAAGAUAUUGCAGUGAGAAGGUGGGUUGCUCAUAAAGAACGUGUUCGGUUGACCUUUGAAGAUUCUGCAAGCUGUACUGAUAAAGGAGAAUUGUUUGCUCAUAUAGAACGUCAUCGGCGGAUCUAUAAUAAAGAAAAAUAUUCAAGCUUUACUAAUGAAGAGUUCGAUGAAGAAUCUGCAAGCUUUACUAAAGAAGAGUUCGAUGUAGAAUCUGCAAGCUUUAGCUUUACUAAUGAAGAGUUUGAUGAAGAAUCUGCAAGCUUUACUAAUGAAGAAGAAUCUGCAAGCUUUACUAAUGAAGAGUGAGAAAAGAAAUG